UGAAAAGAUUCAUUAAGCUCAUGUUCAAAAAGUGAUGGAUAUACAUCUAUCUCUUCUAGAAGCAGGGAAGAAGUAUUGAGCCUGUUAGCGAGCUCUCCUAUCUCUGCAGUCUCUACUACACCUGUCCUUGGAGGUGCGUGUAAUACUGAAAAGGACACUGCUGAGUUUAAACUCACUAUUACUGGCAACAUUGGUCCAUGAGAUUCUAUGGAAAUAAACAUCACCAGAGACUAUGUGUCUGAUAUUUUUGAGUUUACUGAUGAUCUGGUCGAUGAAAAACUUACUACAUAGUACUGUUGUUACCACAGGAUUGAUUGAGAUGGUGGUUUCUGGGACAAUUUAUGAGGAUAACGUUGUUAUUGUUGACUUUAUUGCAGAUCUGCUUAGUGGUUAUCAAUGGAUUGCGUUGGUAACCGUGAUCGUUAACGCUCUGUCUAUGAUUAUUAAGAAGAGAGAUACGGAAGAAUGUAACUUAAAGUGGAGACUAAUAUCAGUGAAGAUGGGAUUCAACGCCCGUUGGAUGAGUUCGCUUAAUCUUCUGUUCUGUCAUUUGAGUCGAGCAGUGAGUUAUCAAGUGACGAUUUUUCUGAAGUCUGUAAUAAUACGUCUAUUGUUUCAUAUGAUUCAUCGACUUUGUCGAUACAUUCAUUUCCUGUUUCCAAGGAGUUCAAUUUAAGCUCCGUCAUUUCUGGUAUCACACUAACGACUACAACACUGACAAUAACUCGUACAGCUGCUAUUUUAACUAUUAUCAUUGUUACCAGCUGUAACGAUGUUUGUGAUGAGUUUGAACAAACCACUGGUGCGGCUAUUGUUAUUGAAGUUGUUUCCGGUGCCGUUACAUCCUAAACAACUUAUCGUUAAGAGUCGUAUAUUAU